GAAGCCAACUUCAAGCAGAUUGACUUGAAUCGGAAUCUUAUUUGGGAAGCACCAAGUAUCCAAUAAACUGUGUGGGGUUUUUUAAUUUUUUUAAUCUGGAAAAAUUCUCAAGUUCCUGUGGUUUAUCUUCCUGUCCAUCACUUUUUGAAAUCCUGCAAUCCCAUGUGGACUUCUGGUAGAAUGAGCAAUGCAAGGAGCUGGCUUGGACUUGGCUUGUCCUUGUACUUCUGGGGACUGAUGGACCUUACGACCACUGUUCUCUCCAGCACAACACCACGAGGCAAAUUAGAAGAGCUCCUGUCAGACAAGUCACAGAUGCAUCAGCGAGCCAAGAGAAGCUGGGUUUGGAACCAGUUUUUUGUUCUGGAAGAGUACACUGGAACAGAUCCUUUGUAUGUAGGCAAGCUUCAUUCAGAUAUGGACAGGGGAGAUGGAUCCAUCAAAUACAUCCUCUCGGGAGAAGGCGCAGGCAUUGUAUUUACCAUUGAUGACACUACUGGCGACAUCCAUGCCAUUCAGAGGCUCGACAGAGAAGAGAGAGCUCAGUACACUUUAAGGGCUCAAGCUCUGGACAGGCGGACAGGCCGGCCAAUGGAGCCGGAGUCAGAGUUCAUCAUCAAAAUCCAAGACAUCAAUGACAAUGAGCCCAAGUUCCUAGAUGGACCUUACGUCGCCACUGUGCCAGAAAUGUCACCAGUGGGUACCUCUGUUAUCCAGGUGACAGCCACAGAUGCUGAUGACCCCACCUAUGGCAACAGUGCCCGGGUGGUCUACAGCAUUCUCCAGGGCCAGCCAUAUUUUUCUGUGGACUCCAAAACAGGUGUGAUCAGAACAGCACUUACCAACAUGGACAGGGAAGCCAAAGAAUACUAUGAAGUGAUUAUUCAAGCCAAGGACAUGGGAGGGCAGCUUGGAGGAUUAGCUGGGACCACGACAGUCAACAUCACCCUGUCUGAUGUCAAUGAUAACCCACCCCGCUUUCCCCAGAAACAUUAUCAGAUGAGUGUAUUGGAAUCAGCUCCAGUGAGUUCCACAGUGGGGAGAGUGUUUGCCAAGGACUUGGAUGAAGGAAUCAAUGCAGAGAUGAAAUACACUAUUGUGGAUGGAGAUGGUGCAGAUGCCUUUGAUAUUAACACAGAUCCAAAUUUCCAAGUUGGCAUCAUAACUGUAAAGAAGCCCCUGAGUUUCGAAAGCAAGAAAAGCUAUACCUUAAAGGUGGAGGGAGCCAAUCCUCACCUAGAGAUGCGUUUUCUGAACCUGGGCCCAUUUCAGGACACAACAACAGUGCACAUCAGCGUGGAGGAUGUGGACGAACCCCCAGUGUUUGAACCUGGCUAUUAUUUUGUGGAAGUACCUGAGGAUGUAGCAAUUGGAACAACCAUACAAAUCAUUUCUGCCAAGGACCCAGAUGUGACCAACAACUCAAUCAGGUAUUCCAUUGACAGAAGCAGUGACCCUGGGAGAUUUUUCUAUGUUGAUAUUACAACAGGUGCCCUGAUGACUGCAAGACCGUUAGACCGUGAAGAAUAUUCUUGGCAUAAUAUCACUGUCCUUGCUAUGGAAAUGAACAAUCCCUCCCAGGUGGGAAGUGUUUCUGUCACAAUCAAAGUCUUAGAUGUGAAUGACAAUGCUCCAGAGUUCCCCAGAUUCUACGAAGCUUUCGUCUGUGAGAAUGCCAAAGCUGGACAGGUAAUCCAGACAGUGAGUGCUGUGGACCAGGAUGACCCACACAAUGGGCAGCAUUUCUACUACAGCUUGGCUCCUGAGGCUGCUAACAACCCAAACUUCACUGUAAGGGACAACCAAGAUAACACUGCCCGGAUUCUAACUAGGAGGUCUGGCUUCCGGCAGCAGGAGCAGAGCAUCUUCUACCUGCCCGUCCUAAUAGCAGACAGCGGGCAGCCAGUGCUGAGCAGCACCGGCACACUGACCAUCCAGGUCUGCAGCUGUGACGACAAUGGCCAUGUCAUGUCCUGCAGCCCUGAAGCCUACAUGCUCCCGGUCAGCUUGAGCCGGGGGGCCCUCAUCGCCAUCCUGGCCUGCAUCUUUGUCCUCUUAGUGCUGGUGCUGUUCUUCCUGUCCACCAGGCGGCACCGGAAGCGGCCGUACGUGCUGGACGACGAGGAGAACAUCCAUGAGAACGUGGUGCGCUACGACGACGAGGGCGGGGGCGAGGAGGACACCGAGGCCUUCGACAUCGCCGCCCUGUGGAAGCCGCGCGAGGCGCAGGCGCGGCCGGACGCGCGGCAGGACAUGCUGCCCGAGAUCCAGAGCCUGUGUCGCCGCGUGCCGCAGGCCUGCGCCGUGGGCAGCUCGGUGCACGGCUUCGUGCUGGCCAAGCUCUACGAGGCCGACGCGGACCUGUGGGCGCCGCCCUUCGACUCCCUGCAGACCUACACGUUCGAGGGCGACGGCUCUGAGGCCGGCUCGCUGAGCUCACUGCAGUCGGCCGCCUCGGACUCAGAGCAGAGCUUUGACUUCCUCACGGACUGGGGGCCUCGCUUCCGGAAGCUAGCGGAGCUCUACGGGGCGUCGGAGGGGCCAGCGCCCGUGUGGUGACGGGAGCUUCGCGCAUGCGCG